AUGUCGGUCACCGAAGACCCCAAAGUUGACCCCAUGUCGCCCACCUCCGACUCCAACCUGACUUCGCAGUCCACAACCAUUGCCGUGCCGUCGUCAGAAACCCAGGAGCUUCCUAGUGCCGCCCCUCAUCCCGAUAACGCCCAGGCCGAGAGCCAAGAGCCCAGUUCGGGGGAUGUGAAGCCCACAGACAAUAAUGAGGACAAUACGUCAGCACCCGUUCCCAAGCAGAACCCUGUAGAUGCGGCUCCAUCUGCAAGCGCAUCUCCUGAACAACACGAUGAGGCGAAGGCUCCGGCAGCUGGCUCCGAGCCAUCGUCCCAGGGAUCAGAUGAGGCUGCCAAAGAGGAGGAGGACACGGGCCCGUCCUUAGUGAUCACCCUGCUCUUGAUAACAGGCUCCCGACACCCGUUCAAGAUCGAUGGAAAGUAUCUACGGAAACGGUCGGUCAAUGUAGAGAAUUACGAUCCGUUCGCCAUGAGUGUAUACACGUUGAAGGAAUUGAUCUGGCGGGAAUGGCGCCAAGACUGGGAGCCGCGGCCAUCAUCGCCCAGCUCCAUCCGACUCAUCUCAUUCGGCAAGCUGCUUGAUGACAAAGCUCCAUUAUCAGACUCUAAGUUCAGCCGGGAUGCUCCCAAUGUGGUUCACAUGACUGUGAAGCCCCAGGAGAUCGUUGACGAAGAAGACGCCAAGUCCAAACCCCAGUACACCCGGGAGCGGGAGUCCAGUGAGCGUAGCCCUGGCUGUCGCUGCAUCAUCCAAUAA